UCUUGCGCCUCAGGUUUGGUUGAUAAACCUCACCUCUUCAAACCACCAGUUACUCUCUGCACUGGAGUGAAUAGUACUUCUAGACCUACGAAGCAAGCUAAAACAACUAGGAGAGGAUUUGCGCACGCAAUACAUGGUUUCACAGAUCAACAGUUCUAUGUUAUGAGAGAAAAUAGGAUGAGUCAACUUGGGAACUGAAGAGGAAAUAUUGGUCUUGGUGGGGAACUAUCUUAUAUUGGACAAUUCUGCUUCAUUUCUUCACCUCCCUGGAGACUGUCAAAACUAGCCAGACUUUCUCAAAGCAGCAAAGAGGAACUUCAGCAAAACAACCCAUUUGCUUUGAACCACCUAAUGGCCAUGGAGAGGUCUCAUCUGAGCAACAUCUCCCAGGCUUCAUUAUUAGGAGAUGCACUCUGGGAACAAGGUGACUGCCCAACCUCCCUCAGUAGCACCACUUUCCUCAUUGUAGCUUACAGCACCAUGCUAGCAGUGGGCUUGGUGGGCAACACUUGCCUGGUCUUAGUCAUUACACGACAAAAAGAGAUGCGUAAUGUGACCAACAUCUUCAUCGUUAACCUCUCAUGCUCCGAUAUCCUCGUUUGCUUGGUAUGUUUGCCAGUUACCAUUAUCUACACCCUCAUGGAUCGAUGGAUUCUGGGCGAAGCUCUGUGCAAAGUGACGCCGUUCGUCCAGUGUAUGUCUGUGACGGUUUCGAUUUUCUCCAUGGUCCUCAUCGCUUUGGAGAGACACCAGCUCAUCAUCCACCCAACCGGAUGGAAACCAAUCGUCAGACACUCAUACCUGGCUGUAGCGGUUAUCUGGAUUGUAGCUUGUUUUAUUUCCCUUCCAUUUCUCUCAUUUAACAUCCUCACAAACUCGCCAUUUCACAACCUCAGUAUUCCUUUUAACCCUUUUAGUGAUCACUUUAUCUGUAUAGAGCAGUGGCCAUCUGAGGGGAAUCGGCUAGCUUACACCACAUCAUUACUACUUUUCCAGUACUGCUUACCGUUAGUGCUAAUUCUACUCUGCUACUUCCGCAUAUUUCUACGCCUCAGUCGACGGAAAGAUAUGGUUGAAAGAGCACGAGGUGGGUGCCAGAAGAAGGCCAAAGGCUCAAAGCGAGUCAACGCCAUGCUUGCCUCAAUUGUAGCUGCAUUUGCCCUGUGCUGGUUGCCACUAAAUGUUUUUAAUACAGUGUUUGAUUGGAACCAUGAGGCAAUUCCAGUGUGCCAGCACGACACCAUUUUCUCAGCUUGCCACCUCACUGCUAUGGCGUCAACUUGCGUCAACCCAGUGAUAUAUGGAUUCCUGAACAAUAACUUCCAGAAGGAGUUGAAAUCGCUGAUGUACAGAUGCCGCUGCUGGGGGCCACCCGAGAGUUACGAGAGUUUCCCAUUGUCCACCGUCAGUACGGGCGUUACAAAGGGGUCCAUCCUUAGCAAUGGCUCAGUCAGCAUCAACGCCUAUCAGCCACACAAGAAAAACAGUUUAGAACAGAAAGAGAUAGUUUAAAGUGCGAAAAAUGUGCUACAAGGCAAUGUACCUUGCUAUGCUUCAAUAAAGCAUUCAAAUGUGGCUUGAGAACAUUGGUAGCCAAUCUGUGCAAUGAGUACAAGACUUCAAAAAUCUUUAAUGGCUGAAUUUAGGGUUCAAUAUCCUAAGUAAUGAAAAUGUGUGAUGUGUUCUCCAGGUUCUUAUUGCUAAAAGAUGUUGACUUAUCUUUAAACGCAGUUCAGAAAAAUAUUAAGGUAAGGUUUAUUGUAGCUUGGCUCUGCAGAGGAGAACCAAAUAUCUGUUAGCCUUUUCAUAAAUUUAAAUGUUUUAAAGUCAACACGGAACACCCAUUCAACCAAUUUUAUUUCUGCAAUGUGACAUAUACAGUAUAUGUGAUAUACACAGGAUAGGAGUAAAAUAGGAUAUUCAAUGAGAAAAAAAAUUAUUGGAUCAUGAAAAGUGGCUGUACCAUAUCAAAUUGGAUCUGGUCCUAAAUGCAAGUUUGCAGUUAAUUUUUGGAAGACUACUUCUCUCCUGAAACACCAUUGGCACCAAACUUUUGAGGAGGCUUUUGAAUGGGACAUGGAGGCUGAAAGUUCACCCUGGAGAGCAUCUUGAUGUAUCCCAAUUAAACCUGCAUUAAAUUACUUAAUUAACUAUUGGCAAGAUUUUAGGAAGGCUGCAUUAACUACAAAACUUUGGCUUUCUGCCUAUGUGUCUUCAGCUGAAAAAGAAGAUAAUUUCUGAGGCAGUGAUUACAUUUUGAUGAAAAUUCCAAAUUCAUAAAUGAAUCGUGCAUAAUUAAGACCAGGAAUGUGAAUUUAAGAAAGGAAAUAGGAUCCACUUUGAUUUCACGUUGUUUUUAACAACUGCUAAAAUGAGCUCUAAUGUAAUGGACUGUGAAAAAUUCAGCAUGUUGGUCUUGUUGCUGUGUCUCCUCAGCUUAUGGCAAAUUCUGAGUAUGAUCUCAAAUGAUGCACAGAACCACAAUUUCAAUUCACAAGUUCACCUGCCCAAAUAAUCUUUAGUAGUAAAGGUAAACGCAUGUGGCUUGCUGUACACAAAGGAGGGGCUCAAGGAUGAGCCUCGACUCAAGCUCAAAUUUACCCCCCUAUGGGACUACUAAAUUUAUUGAGAUAGCUAUAGGGAAGGAUUUCGUAGAGAAGAGGAUGGGGAGGUGGAGGUGGAGGUGGAGGAUUGCCAGAUAGGUUUUUCAUCAGGGAGAGGUAAGCAGCAGUUUAAAUAUUCUACAGUUAAUUGGCAAAUUUGAUGGGCAAGCUCUUCCUGAUCGGUUAAUAACUAGAUGUUGAAUACCUAGUAGAGGCCUUGUUCUUCAAUGUCUUUCUUCAGGGUAGGCCUGUGCAAGAAUAUUAGUAAUAGAAACAGAAAUGUACUUUUUUAGUUCUUGUCACUAUUACAGGAAAGCGGAGAGGUAGCAUUGUGUGUAAUGUGUACAUUUAAAAUAAUUAGCAGGACUAGAACUGUAUAAGCACAGCACUCUUUCACUGAUUGUGAUUAGAAUGCUUGCCACGUCUGAUAUGUAGUUCUAAGAUUUACAAAUUUACACCGAUCUAAAUUUUAAUUGAUAUCAGAGUAUACACUGUGUUUUGUGGCUGAAUGGCUAUACAUGGCAAAGCUAUACAAGUGAAUUAUAGAUUUAAUGCCUCAUUUGCAUAUUUUUACUGAAGUGUGGUUCAGAACAAUAAUGUGCAUAUUCUAAGUAGUUCAUGUAAAAAAAAAUCAUGAUAUCACCAGUAAGUAUAAUAACACACUGAAGCACUCUUCAAAUGUCAGGUGUCUAGUCACAAAUAGAAUAGUUAAUUGCCUGACUUAUUUUGAAGUUCUAAACAACAGUAGUAUUCUGAUCACUGAUGUAUUUUAUUAUAUAUUUGAUCGAAUCUAAAUUAGCACUAAGCUUAGUGUACACUACUACAUAGAUCCUUAUACAAAGAGUACAUGUAAAUGUUACCAUUUUAAAAGUCCUUACAUGUUUUUUGUUUUUGUUUUUUUUAAUUGCUGCACUACUGUGGCAUGUCUCUUAGAAUAUAGCCUACUGGGUUAUCACUGCCAACCAUAACAUGCUGCUAUGAUCUUGUCUUAAUGGAAAAGUCUUAAUUCAGUUCCUACAUUUGCAGUUUAGAGAUCCACCAGGUGGUAAUAAAGUUCAUGUCCAAACUCUGAAAAUACAGUGGAACAUCAAAUUAUGUCCCUGACGAUCAGAGCUGUAGCCAUCUAAUGAAACUAAAAGGUAUGACAUUUUUGUUAAACUAUCAUGGUUUAUUUUUAAAUUAUUAUUAAUAUUUUUACAUAUACAAUUGAAUUUAUUAUUAUUUGUAGUGGUAUUUUUCCACAUUUUGUCAUAAAGUGAUUUUUAAGUCACUGCAAAAGGGGCUGGUGAAAGAAGUUGG